GUGAUGUUGUAGGGUGUGGUCCCAGGUAUAAAAGGAGUUGAGUCGAUAUUUUUGUCAGUGACUCGGCGACUUCGCUACGAUCAUGACUGCCAAGGUUCUUAUGUUGGCCGCCCUUGUGGUUGCAGCCUUCGCCAGGCCAGAUCCACAAUACAGCCCCCCGACUCCUGCAUACAAUCCCCCCACUCCCGCAUACAGCCCCCCUGCCCCCUCCUACAAUGCUCCAGCUCAUUCAAGACCUUCCUAUUCUGCUGCUCCAGCUUAUCCUGACACUCCUCCCCAAUACAACUCCCAGUACGCCGUGAGGGACGACUACUCCGGCAACGACUACGGCCAUGAAGAAUCCCGUGACGGCUACAACACCCAGGGUACCUACUCCGUGCUGCUUCCCGACGGUCGUGUGCAGAGGGUGACUUACUACGUCGACGGUGACUCCGGCUACGUGGCUGAGGUGACCUACGAGGGUGAGGCCCAGUACCCAGCCUACCAGCCUGCCCCAGCACCCUCCUACAGGCCUGCUCCUGCGCCCUCCUACACGCCAGCACCCAGCUAUGCCUAAAUAGAAUUGAAAACAUACAGUGAAUUUCAUGUUGACCAUUUUAUUUAUAAACUAACUGACCUGAAUAAAAACUAUUGGAUAGAU